GAAGUGCAAAGAGCUAAAGCUUCAAUAAAGAAAGUGAGAACGCAAGCAAGAGGCGCCUCAGAUUUCCAAAACCGUCACAACAUUAUUAAAAGAGGCCACCACAAAGCAACGGUAAGCAUACUAGAAUACACACGAGCACACCCCUUGAAGAGCCACAUGCACAGUCAUCAGGAUAAAAAAGUAGUCCAAGGGGAGAAGAAGAGCAGGCACUCAGAGAAGCACCACUCCGAUCAGUGGAGCUGGGAUCAAGAGCAAGACCCAGCGUCAAUCAUAGCCUUAUCUAUAAACCAAGGUCAGGAGGACACACAAGAACACAGCAAGAGCAGGGAGGGCAGGCAAGAACGGCAUCAAGAUGUACCCUUACCGUUUCAGCAACGUGCUGAUCGGCUACCUCAACCUGGCGACGCUCCUCGCCUCGAUCCCAAUCAUCGGCGCGGGGCUAUGGCUGGCCAAGGGCUCGACGACGACAUGCUCGUCGAUACUGCAGACGCCGCUCCUCAUCAUCGGCUUCGUCGUCCUCCUCGUCUCUCUCGCUGGCUUCGUGGGUGCCUGCUUCCAUGUCGCUUGGGCGCUGUGGCUGUACCUCGUCGCCAUUAUCCUCCUGAUCGCCAUGCUGCUUGGGCUCACCGCCUUCGGGUUCGCCGUCACGGCAGGAGGCGGUGGCACACAGGUGCCGGGCAGGCCUUACAGGGAGUACCACAUCACAGACUACUCCUUGUGGCUCCAGAAGCAUACGCAGGACAUCAAGUACUGGCGGCCAGCCCUCGCCUGCGUAGUUGGGUCCAAGGCCUGUGCCAAGAUUGAAAACUGGACUCCCAUGGAUUACCUCCAGCAUGAUCUCACACCAAUACAGUCCGGCUGCUGCAAACCACCAACAUCGUGCCAAUACAGCGGAGGCAUGCCCGUCGGGGCGCAAGAGGAGGACUGCUACCGGUGGAACAAUGCUCCGAGCAUCCUCUGCUACCAGUGCAACUCAUGCAAGGCCGGCGUGAUGGAGCAGGUCCGCCAGGACUGGCACAAGAUCUCCGUCCUCAAUAUCAUCGUGCUCGUCACCCUCAUCUUCGUUUGCUCCUGUGGGUGCUGCGCCUUCAGAAAUGCUCGCCGAUCCGUGUCCGAGUACCCAUACGGGGUAAACCGCAUGUCCAAGAUCCACCCACGCUGGGACUACUACUGGUGGCGAUGGUGGCGAGAUAAGAGAGAACAGCUCUACUAGGCUAGCUCUUAGUACUCAAUGCUUGUAUGAUAUUUUGCUUCUACUCCAUCUUGUAUCAAAAAGCUAAUAAUACUUGGGAGCUGGGUCAGUCCCUGUGGUACUCUCUUCGUUUUCAUCAUCAGUACAGUUUCCUCCAGGUUUGAAUAAUUAAGCUUCUGUAGAUAUUGGAGUUAGAGACUUAGAGGAGAGUAGCAGAUGAAGUUAAUGGGAUAUCAAGAUUUUCCAGUAUGGUAGCCAACAUAUUUUGCAUCCUGUAGAGUUCUAAUGGUGAAUACAAAGAGAAGUGAUUCCAUGUA